GGGAGGUCAACCUUAUUUUGUCUUUAUUCUCUAUUUCCACCAUCCUGUUUCUUCUUCUUCUUCUUCUUCUCUCAUACUCUCUAGAUCCUCUCGUCCGACCCGAAAGCCUCACACCCCCCUCAUAAAAUCCAAUUGAGCAAAGAGGACGAAGCUAUCACCUCCUAAUCAUGACAACCCGAUACCGCGUCGAGUACGCCCUCAAGACCCAUAGACGGGACCAGUUCAUCGAAUGGGUCAAAGGUCUCUUGGCCGUGCCGUUUGUGCUCUACUCCCAGCCGACUGGAGUGUUUGGUGAUGACACCAACGUGGCCAAGAUGGCCGAGGAGGCCCACAGACGCUACGCAGAGAUUAUGAGAGACGUUGAAUUGAUGAUUGACGACCACAUCGCCCGCCAAAACCAGGAUCGUGUUUUCCCCUCCAAGCUUGGAAUGCUGGUUCCCACCGCGGGGCCAUUCUUCACGCGGCUGCCCUUGGAGGCAGCGUUCAAGUACCAGGAUCGGAAACGCUACAUCUCAUCAAGACGCUAUGUGGCGCCUUCUUUCAAUGAUGUCCGCCUAGUUCUCAACUCGGCGCAGAUUAUGGCUGUUACGGGCGGCACCCUCCAGCUGGCGACGUUUGAUGGUGAUGUGACACUGUAUGACGAUGGACAGAGCCUGGAACCAUCAAGCCCUGUCAUUCCACGAUUGUUAGAUCUUUUACGCAAAAAUAUCAAAAUUGGUAUCGUUACCGCUGCUGGAUAUACCACCGCAGAUCGGUACUACGAUCGCCUCCACGGACUCCUUGACGCCAUCGCCACCUCUACAGAUCUUGACCCCGUGCAGAAGCAAAACAUCGUCAUCAUGGGAGGAGAAUCCAAUUAUCUCUUCGAAUAUGAGCCAUCUUCACCCUAUCGCCUGGCACCUGUCCCCCGCUCAGAGUGGCUCACUCCCGAUAUGGCGGCCUGGUCUGAGGCUGAUAUCACGGCACUGCUGGACGUAGCUGAAUCAGCGCUUCGAGACUGUGUGCGCACGAUGAAUCUGCCCGCCCUCAUCGUUCGAAAAGAUCGAGCUGUAGGGAUAGUCCCCAACCCUCCCGAGCUGCAAAUUGCUCGAGAGAGUCUAGAAGAGACUGUAUUGGUGGUACAGCGUAUCCUGGAGCUAAGUGCCUUAGGCUCGCCUUCUCAACAAGCUGGUCAAAGCUCGCAGGGUCGCCGCGGAGUUCCAUUCUGCGCUUUUAACGGCGGCCGCGAUGUCUUUGUUGACAUUGGUGAUAAGAGUUGGGGUGUGACCGUCUGCCAACAAUGGUUUGGAAGACGCAAUGGAGGCACCACUGGAGCCGACGCAGCCUUGACGGCAAUCAGGGGCGAGAAUACGCUGCACGUGGGAGACCAGUUUCUGAGCGCCGGAUCCAACGAUUUCAAAGCAAGGAGUGUGGGGACAACGGCUUGGAUCGCAAGCCCGGCGGAGACGGUAGAGCUGCUGGAUGAGCUGGCAGAUUUUAUGCAGAAGAAACUUUCAUGAGAUGCGGGCUUAGAGUUCAACACGGGGCAUUUUUUGUGCGGAAGGCGUAAUGUUUUUAACGAGAAAGUAUUUGCUUAGCUGUGUUUUGGGUACAUUACCUUAUAAGUCAUUGCUGGAGGCGCCUUGGGUAUCAAAGUCUUACGUCGAUGGUUCUGGAUGCUAGGUAGUUUGGCUGUUCAUUAUCACGACUGCGAUAUAUCUCUGGACAUUGCUAUUAAUGUUUUAACAUUUUAUUUAUUCCCAUG